AUGUUCGGCUUUGAAAAAGCGUUUAUUUUAUCCAUGAUGCCGCCACAACAAACUUUUGAUGAUUUUGAAACUUGGAACCUUUAUGAUCAACUUGGAAUGUUAAAAACCGAGCUGGGUGACUAUACAGGAGCGAUUUCUUAUUUUCAAAAAUCAAUGCAAAUAUACGAAAAGAAAUCGGCUAUCAACGAUUCUCAUUUAGCUGCAUCUUACACCAACCUCGGGUUCAUAUAUGCUAAUCUGGGAGAAUAUUCAACAGCAAUAUCAUGGUACGAGAACGGAUUAGCAGUUCGUCAAAAAAUAUUGCCUACUAACUAUGUCGAUUUAGCUGAUUCUUACAGUAAAAUUGGUUCAGUGUAUUGCUAUUUAGAAGAAUAUAAAAAAGCACUUUCAUUCUAUGAAAAAGCGUACGAAAUACGUCUGAAUAUACUUCCUCGAAACCAUCCAGAUUUAGCCACAUCUUACCGUAACAUUGGUGUAGUAUUGAACAACGUGGGAAAAUAUUCGAAAGCACUUCAAUUCCAAGAGAAAGCACUAGAAAUUCGAAAUAUAGUGUUACCACCAAAUCAUCUUGAUCUAGCGGAUUCUUAUGAUAACUUUGGUUUGAUAUACAACAACAUGGGAGAUAACUUAAAAUCACUUUCAUUCUUGGAAAAAGCACUUAACAUUCGACAACGAAUACAACUAUCGAAUCAUCCGAAUUUAGCUGAUUCUUACAAUAACCUCGGACGUGAAAUUCGACAACAAAUGCAACAUCUAAAUCAGCCGAAAUUAGCUGAUUCUUACAACAAUAUUGCUUGGGUUUAUUAUAAAAUGAGAAAAUAUCCAGAAGCAGUUAAAUAUCAGAAGCAAGCAGUUAAAAUCGGAGAAUCUUCAUUGCCUUCAAAUUAUCUUCGUCUCCUUGUUUGGAAGCAAAACCUCAAAGAAAUUCAGGAACCAUCAUCUACUCAUCCAACAAUACAAGCCGCCACAGAAAAAUCAUUGAUAUACUUUGAUUAUAAUAUCAUCACUGAAACAGCAUCAAUCUAUCAAGCUUUAUGUAUCACGAUCGCUUUAUAUGUUAUGUAUGAUUGA